AUGGCAAAAGAGAACAAGCCUCAACAACCCAGAUUCAACAAAUCUCAGAACUCCGGCUUGCAAAGGCCGACGAAUGUGCCCCCAAGCAAUCCCAAUGCCACCCCAGGCUCUAAACCCUCCUCUCAGCAAGCAGCGCAACCAGCCGCUCAACCCUCUCCUCAGACUCCCCCAACGCCACAGCAAGAAGAGCAGCAACAACCCGAGGAACCGAUACCCGACCUGUCCAAGCUUCCCGACCUGACGCAAGGCAUCCCUUCGACCCUUGAAUACGAGACUGCUGGAGCUACCAACCGGUCCGCAUUGACAGCCGUCGACGAGGAAGCUGCGACGUCAAGCGGAGGGGGCCGGGCAAAGGGCGAGCUCCCGGCCUCAGCCUACAUUUCGUCGUCGGAGCGCAGGCGCCAGAAGCUUGCUAUGUGGGCGCUCGCAUUCACCGGUGUGCUUUCCGUCGGAGGCAUUGUCUACCUUGGAAGGGAUUGGGACGAGGAAGAGCUCAAAAAGAAGCCUGAGGUGCCCAAUGGCUGGAGCCUCAGCCUUUGGUGGAAGCGGGCCAUGGCGCGCUUGGGGGAUACCGUGACGUAUUACCAGGAACCGGCAUUCGAGAAGCUGCUGCCCGAUCCGGACCCCUCUUUCGAGCGCCCAUACACCCUGUGCCUUAGCCUGGAGGACUUGCUCGUACACAGCGAAUGGACUCGGGAGCAUGGGUGGCGGGUUGCGAAGCGCCCGGGCGUCGAUUACUUCCUGCACUACCUCAGCCAGUACUACGAACUUGUCCUCUUCACCACCGUCCCCUUUGCCAUCGGUGAGCCCCUGGUCCGCAAGCUCGACCCGUACCGCUUCAUCAUGUGGCCGCUCUUCCGCGAGGCCACCAAGUACAAAGACGGCGAGAUUGUCAAGGAUCUCUCAUACCUCAACCGCGAUUUGUCAAAAGUCAUCAUCAUCGACACCAACCCCGAACACGUACGGGCGCAGCCUGAGAAUGCCAUUAUCCUACCCAAAUGGACCGGCGACCCCAAAGACAAAGAGCUGGUGUCUCUGGUGCCCUUCCUCGAGUUCAUCCACACAAUGCAGUAUAACGACGUGCGCAAGGUAAUCAAGUCGUUUGAGGGCACCCAUAUCCCCACCGAGUUUGCGCGACGAGAGGCGCUGGCGAGGGCGGAGCACAACAAACGCCUCCAGGCCAAGGCAUCCCAUGGAGGAGGCAUGAGCUGGCUGAGCAGUCACCUUGGCCUCAAGCCCAGCAACAUGAGCCUUAUGGUUGCGCCUGAGGGAGAAGAGAAUCCUCAGGAGGCAUUUGCCAAGGGCAAAAUGCUGCAAGACAUUGCGCGCGAGCGUGGCCUGCGGAACUACCUGGCCUUAGAGGAAGAGAUUCGAAAGAACGGCGAGAAGUGGCUCAAGGAGGAGCAAGAAGCCAUGGAGAAGGCCCAAAAGGAGGCCAUGAAGAGCAUGAAGUCUUCCUUCUUCGGCUGGUUCAGGCCCUCCGAGGAGCAGAAUGCGGGAACUUCGACCAGCACCGAAACCAAGAGCAGCUAA